AGUUAAUUAAAAAUGGUUUUAGGGCAAGUCUUUUCCUUUUUUUCGCAACAAGUAAUGUUUAUUUGGCUUUUGGUGUUUAUUACACCCCUUUAUGUGUUCUUGGCUAGCGUAAUGGCUAAAGGGCUAUAAAUACUUUAUCAGAUGUCAAUUAAUAGAUAAUCCUUAAUCUAUAAAUACUUAGGAGAUGUCAGUUGGUUAUUCCCAUUUAGAGUAAGAAAUGAAUUUAGUAUUGUAGCAAAAUGAAUAAGAAUUUAAACUAGUACACAUUAUAUUAUUGGCAGUGCUAAUUGGUUUAGUUUCUCUUAUUAUCAUUGGUGGAGUAAUGUUAUAAAAUUAGUUCGAAAAACAAAGAGUAAUUUAGAAGAGUGAUAGCAAAGAGCGAAAAACAAAGAAAAAGGAGGUUGAUCAAUGA